AUGAAUAAACAAGACUGGUCUAAUUUACCCGAUAUUCUAUGGUAUAAAAUAUUUAAAUAUGAAGAUUUAUUACCAUCAGCAAUUAUAAAUUUAUCAGUAACAUGUAAAAAAUUAAAUAAUAUAUUAAACACGGAUCAGUUUUGGUCACAUUUAAUAUAUGCUAGAUUUGGAUGGAAAUUAGGAAAACAUUAUCUUGAAGAUAUAUUCAUGCAGAAUAAUGUGGAUGAUGAACAUUUUCUAUUGCGGACAGAUGAAGAUGAAAUUCAAAUCAAACAUCAGUUUAACUUGAUAAAUGAAAUGGAUUUAAGUAAAUAUAAGUUUCUAUAUUUAAAUGAUGAUAUUAAUUUUCAUUUUGCAUAUGUAAGAACAAAACUUUUUGAAUCUAUUCGAUUUGAUGAUAAGAAACAAAUAAAUAUGGCAACAACAAUUGAUUUCGUUAAUAAAAAUUUAUCUUAUUAUAAAUUCAAUAGUUAUAAAAAAAGUACGUAUUAUCAUUCAUUACACAAAUUAAUAUAUUUUUAUUUAAUUGAUUGUAAACGUAUAUAUGCUAUUGAUACUGUUUUAUUUCGAAAAUGGAAAGAGACAACAUCAUUAUAUUCAAUAAGAGAAAAAAACGUUGUUUUUUUCCAUGGUGGUGACGACUUUGUUACUGGUGAUUAUAUAGUAGGUAAAUUUAAAUCGAUAUUACCAGGUACAUAUCAAAUAAUAUGUCGUUUAAAAUUAAUUACAUACAAAAAUAUAUCAAUUCGAAAUGGUGUCAUUUGUUUAUUUCAUGCCUAUGCUGAUUAUUGUGUCAAUACUAUAUUUAAGAUGUAUCAACAAGAAUGGUUUGCUGCCAAUGAAAAUUCUGAUUGGUUUUUACAUACAAUGGGUACAUUGAUGAUUUAUGAUAUGUCAACAAUUUAUUUCAAACUGAGAUAUAUAUCAGCUAAAAAUCACGAAAAAUAUAUUCUAUUAUGCGAUUAUAUUGAACUGAAAAUUAUUCAUAUUGAUGAAUGUAAUCAUUACUAUAAAAAAUAUAUUAGACAUCAUUAA